AUUACAAAUUGGAAAUUUAAAAGUUCACCCAGCUUAACAAUUGGUUCAUUAUGGAAAUAAUUGAAAUCCAAAAUUUGUUACGUUUCUAUUUGUGAGCUACAGUAUUAUUGGAUUGUGUGAAUUCAAUCGGAUGGAGUCUAGAGACGUUAAAGAAAACGACAAACCAUCUUCGAAAAUUGGCAAUUACUGUAUUCAAUGCGCCAAUACAAACGGAAUGAAGGGCAGCAAUAGUGUUCCCAUAACUCCUAAAUGCCGAAUCUGUUUGGCCGAUGAGGGUAAUUUAAUCUCUCCUUGCCUCUGCAAAGGAUCCGUAGGUCUCGUACAUAAAAAUUGCUUAGAAACAUGGUUAGAAAAUCGAAAUGUAGAUUCUUGCGAGUUGUGCCAAACACCGUUUCACGUUAUCCGCAUUCCGAAAAAAUUUAGAGAAUGGUGGCAAAGUAAUGAUUCUUUAACGGACAGAAAAAUUUUAAGAAGAGAUUUAAUCGUUAUAUGUGCAUUAACGCCCAUGGCUAUCCUGAGUAUAGUUAUGUGCUUAGAAAAGAUCGUUUAUUAUAGUAAACACGGACAUGUCAAGGAAAUGGUGGCGAUGACAAUCUUUUCUUUAUUUUUAAUAAUUUCUUUUCUUUAUCAGCUAUUUGCUACACUUAGGAGUCAUUAUCUUUCCUACAAAACAUGGAGAAAUAAUCAUAGCAACGUCCAACUUUUAACAGAAAAUGUUUACGAUAAAUUUUACGAAAUUAUCAAUAUGUCAGCAUCACCCGUUUCUUCUUAAUUCUGGAAAAAGAAAAUGCGAAAAUCCAAAUUUUAUGAAUGGCAAAUUCAAUCAAGAUAAAACAUACUUAUCGAAAACUUCACAAUAAUUAUUUUUAUACGAAGAAUAAAUAAACAU